CAACAACCUCCCAAGACCAUGACCAAGACCAUUGAAGUCGCGCUCGAGCCGCACGAGCAGCUCGCGACGUUCGCUGCCGGCUGCUUCUGGAGCGUCCAGCUCCAUUUCCAGCGCCUCGACGGCGUCCUCGACUCGCACGUCGGCUACAUCAACGGCAAGAUCGUCAACCCGACGUACCGCCAAGUGUGCGCGGGCGAUUCGGGCCACGCCGAGGCCGUCCAGAUCAAGUUUGACGAAAACAAGAUCUCGUUCAAGCAGCUCGUUGAGAACUUCUUUGCGAUCCACAACCCGACGACGCGCAACCGCCAGAAAAACGACGUCGGCACGCAGUACCGCUCCGGUAUCUACUACCACAGCGACGAGCAGCGCGAGAUCGCCGAGGCCGUCAAGCGCGACGAAGCCGACAAGUUUCCCUCUGAGAUUGUGACCGAGAUCGAACCCGCGGGUACGUUCUACCAUGCCGAAGACUACCACCAGCGCUACCUCGAGAAGGGCGGGCAGUGCGCCCGCGUCGGCUCUACGGACCGCAUUCGCUGCUACGGCUAGCAUUGCUCACGAGCGCCUAUAUAUAAGCUACACUUAUGAAUUAUCCGAUGACAACCUGUCUUCAAAA